UACAUUUCACAUCAGUUGACUCAUUUCUAUUUUAUGUAUUCAAUGAAUUUCUUUCAUUUUAUUCUGUUACACAUUUUUUUCAACCAUACUGAAUAAUUGUUUCAAUUCAUCAUGAAUACUAUGUCACAAAAUGAGUGACAGUUUGGAUCCCAUCUCCACGGUUGUUGGUGCUGGCGGUGGUUCGGGUGGUGAUUCACUUCCCUCAUCCAAUGACCAAUCCACCGUUCAGCUGCCAGCAAUUGAAGUAUCAGCCCUAGUCACUUACAUAAAAGAAGUCGUUGCUCCUGCCCUGGAAGGGCGAGCAUACGUUCAUCCAUCUCUAAUCAACCUUCUGGAGCAUCCAAGUACUCAGGAGAAGUUGAGACAAUUUAUAUCAGAUACUCAGGUUAAAUCAAUUUUAAUUCAAAGAUAUUCAAGCAAAGAGGAUGAAGAAGUAUCUGAUCAUAGUGUGGAAAGUAGUGACAAUGUUGCUUUCUCCAUCACGGAAGAAGCUAGCUAUUCAAAUCCCAGGGUGACUGGACAUUUAUUAAUAAAGAAAUCAACAGUCUUAGAGGCUGAUAAAAACAUUGCAAGCCAGCUGUUGUAUAUGUAUUUGGAUAAUACAAAUGUCUAUGAAACUCUUCAUUAUUAUGUCAGCAGCGGUAUUGGACCCGUUUUCAAGUCAUAUGUUAGAGAAACUAAAAGAGCAGAAAGGGACGGUGAUAAAAUGGUCCCGUCUACCGAAAAGAGAAUUGCUGAAUUGGAAAUGAAUUUGUUGCAUUUACAACAAAAUAUUGAUAUUCCUGAGAUUAAUUUACAAAUUCACCCAACUGUACUGGCAGUGAUGAAAAAAUGUGCCGAAGAAGGUCGCAAAGCAAAUGUCAAUGAUUUCUCUGACAAAAUAGAAGACUCAGUUUUCUUAAAUCAACUUCAAAACCAAGUUAAUCGUUGGAUUAAAGAAAUUCAAAAAGUGACCAAAUUAGAUCGUGAUCCGUCCACAGGUACUGCACUUCAAGAGAUCAGUUUCUGGCUUAAUUUGGAAAGAGCUUUGCUCAGAAUUCAAGAAAAAAGAGAAACACCUGAAGUCGCUUUAACUCUAGACAUCUUGAAAAAGGGUAAACGAUUUCAUGCCACCGUUAGUUUUGAUGCAGAUACCCGAUUAAAGGAGGCUUUGGCUACUGUCAAUGAUUACAAUCCUCUAAUGAAAGAUUUUCCAUUGAACGAUCUAUUAUCAGCAACUGAUUUAGACAAAAUACGUUCUGCCCUUCAAGUGAUAUUCCAUCAUAUAAGAAAAAUCCGUAAUACCAAAUACCCAAUUAGACGAGCUUUAAAAUUAAUGGAAGCCAUCUCAAGAGAUUUAAUGACGCAGUUAUUGAAAGUACUGGGAACGCGACGAAUGAUGAACAUUCCUUUUGAAGAGUUUGAAAAACUUGUAAGUGCUUGUUCUGAAGUAUUCGGAGCUUGGGAUGAUGAAUAUGAUAAACUUCAAGGUAUUUUAAGAGACUUAAUCAAAAAGAAGCGAGAUGAAAACUAUAAAAUGGUUUGGAGAAUCAAUUUAGCUCACAAAAAACUGCAAACUCGAGUUGAUCAAAUGAAAAGAUUUAGACGUCAGCAUGAACAAUUACGUGCUGUCAUUGUGAGAGUGUUACGACCCGUGUCUGCUUCCAAUCGAGCCAUAAACCUUGCCGACACUGAUAAAGAAAUUGAUUUGGAAGAAAAUUUUUCAGUUGAAGAAAAUGCUGAUCUUAACGCAAUCGAAGAAGUCAAUCUUGCUUAUGAGUUGGUUAAAGAAGUUGAUCCAUUGGACAUAAGUAAGGAAGGAACAGAUUCAUGGGAAGCAGCUUUAAAACGAUAUGAGGAAAGAAUCGAUCGAGUCGAAGCUCGAAUAACUGCUAAGCUUCGUGACCAACUUGGAACUGCUAAAAAUGCCAACGAAAUGUUCCGAAUUUUCUCUCGUUUCAAUGCGCUUUUUGUGCGCCCUCAUAUUAGAGGUGCCAUUCGUGAAUACCAAACUCAACUCAUCCAACGUGUCAAAGAUGAUAUUGAGGCUUUGCAUGAGAAAUUCAAAAUACAGUUUCCUCAGAGCAAAGCAUACAAAAUGUCAAAAGUUCGUGAUAUUCCACCAGUUGCUGGAAGCAUUAUCUGGGCAAAGCAAAUUGAAAGACAACUGUCUGUUUACAUGAAAAGAGUAGAGGACGUCCUUGGUAAAGGAUGGGAAAACCAUGUAGAGGGACAAAAGUUGAAGGCAGAUGCAGAUAGCUUUCGUGUAAAGCUAAACACAGCGGCAAUAUUUGAUGAAUGGGCUCGCAAUGUGCAGCAAAGACAACUCAACGUUUCGGGUCGUAUAUUCAAUAUUGAAUCAAUCAGAUCUCGAUCUGGUAAAGGCAAUGCUUUAAAGCUACGUGUCAACUUUAUGCCUGAAAUAAUUACACUUGCCAAGGAAGUGAGAAAUCUUAAAAGUUUAGGUUUCAGAGUACCCUUGGCGGUGGUAAACAAAGCUCAUCAAGUAAAUCAACUCUAUCCUUUCGCAAUAUCAUUAAUUCAAACAGUUAAAUCUUAUGAAAGAGCCUGUGAAAAAGUUAAUGAAAAACCCACCGUUAUUUUAUUAGUUGCCGGUAUGAAGAAAGACGUUCAAACUAUCGCAUGUGAAGGAGUAAGUCUUGUAUGGGAAUCCUACAAACUUGAUCCCUAUGUUAAACGUCUAGCAGAAUUCGUUCAAAAUUUCCAAGAAAAAGUUGAUGAACUUUUAAUUACGAAUGAACAUAUUGAGAUAGAGGUUAAAAGCCUUGAAACCUGUGCCUACAGCUCGACUGUGUUUGCAGAAAUUUUGAACCGUAUACAAAAAUCCGUUGAUGAUUUAAGUCUUCAUCGAUAUUCCAAUCUCAAUCAAUGGGUUAACAGAUUAGAUGAAGAAGUUGAAAAAAGACUUUCUGCUCGAUUACAUGCCGGUAUCAAAGCUUGGACUACUGCUCUAAUCGGUCAAGAAAAAGAUGAUAUGGAUGUUAUACCCGAUACUGAAACUGUCAACACACCAGUUUGCAAAGCAGGUGGAGACCCGAAAAUUCAAAGCCUCUACCAUGAAUUCCGAAUUACUAAUCAAGUCAUGUACAUCAGCCCAAGCAUUGAGGAAGCUCGUUUCAAUUUACUUCAGCAACUGUUUGCUUGGGAAAAUGUGGCACUCCUUCUUAACCGUAUUGAAUCUACUCGUUAUCAAGUUGGCUUGGAUAGAUCAUCAGUACCACAAUAUCGUAUGCUUUUGAAAAAAAUGGCUGAUGGCCAUACAGCAAUUGAACAAGCCUAUGAAGCAAUAGAAGAUAAAAUCCAACAGAUGAAAGUCUAUGUUGAUCAAUGGUUGCGAUAUCAAUCACUUUGGGAUCUUCAACCUGAUAUGUUAUACGCUCAGUUGGGUGAUGAUAUUCAAAAAUGGAUGAAUACAUUGACUGAGAUUAAAAAAUCUAGAUCAAUUUUUGAUACUACGGAAACACGUAAAGAGAUAGGACCAAUUAUUAUUGAUUAUGCUAAAGUUCAAUCAAAGGUUACACUUAAAUACGAUUCUUGGCAUAAGGAAGUUCUUUCUAAAUUUGGUUCACUUUUGGGCAAUGAAAUGGUUAAAAUGCAUACACUUAUUUCAAAAUCUCGAUCUGAAUUAGAACAGCAAUCAAUCGAUACUGCUAAUACCAAGGAAGCAGUAACAUUCAUCACUUAUGUUCAAUCGUUAAAAAGUAAAAUGCGCCAAUGGGAGAAACAGGUUGAAAUUUAUAAAGAAGGGCAAAGAGUUCUGGAAAGGCAAAGAUUCCAAUUUCCUACAAAUUGGUUACAUGUUGAUAAUAUCGAAGGGGAAUGGUCAGCUUUCAAUGAAAUUAUGCGACGUAAAGAUGCUGCUAUUCAAGCACAAGUGGCCAGCUUACAAGUUAAAAUUGUGGCUGAAGAUAAAUUUGUUGAGACAAGAACAACUGACCUCUUGUCUGAAUGGGAAAAAGGUAAACCUGUGGAAGGAUCAUUACCACCCAAUGAGGCAACUACCAGACUUCAAUUAUUUGAAACUAAAUUCACUCGACUUCGUGAAGACAGAGACAAUGUUAUGAAAGCCAAAGAAGCACUGGAACUACUUGAACCUGGUGCAGCUCCAGUUUUGGCGUCUGAUGAAAAACUUGACGUUGCAUUGGAAGAAUUACAAGAUCUAAAAGCUGUUUGGUCUGAGUUAUCCAAAAUCUGGUCACAGAUUGAAACUCUUAAAGAACUUCCAUGGCUUUCUGUUCAACCUCGGAAGGUCCGUCAAAGUUUGGACAACUUAAUGGGCCAAUUGAAGGAAAUGCCAGCUCGGUUCAGGCAAUAUGCAUCAUACGACUAUGUUAAAAGAUUAAUCCAAUCUCAUCUAAAAGUGAAUAUGAUUAUUAUUGAACUUAAAUCAGAUGCUCUUAAAGAACGGCAUUGGAAACAACUUACCAAACAGUUGAGGGUUCGCUGGGUCAUCAAUGAUUUAACACUUGGUCAGGUUUGGGACAUUGACUUACAACGUAAUGAAUCAAUUGUGCGUGAUGUUAUUUUGAUUGCUCAAGGAGAAAUGGCUUUGGAAGAAUUCUUGAAACAAGUUCGUGAAGCUUGGCAGAACUAUGAGCUUGAUUUAAUCAGCUAUCAAAACAAAUGUCGUCUCAUUCGUGGUUGGGAUGAUCUUUUCAACAAAGUUAAAGAGCAUAUCAACUCUAUUACAGCAAUGAAACUAUCACCUUACUAUAAAGAAUUUGAAGAAGAUGCUCUUGCAUGGGAAGAGAAACUUAACAGAAUCAAUGCAUUAUUUGAUGUAUGGAUUGAUGUUCAGCGUCGAUGGGUUUAUUUGGAAGGCAUCUUCUCUGGUAGUUCUGACAUUCAAGCUUUACUACCCGUUGAGACGCAAAGAUUUCAUUCUAUCAGCACUGAAUUUCUAACUUUAAUGAAAAAGGUUAGCAAAAGUCCCCUUGUUAUGGAUGUACUUAACAUACCCGGUGUUCAAAAAUCUCUUGAGAGAUUAGCUGAUUUGUUAGCAAAGAUUCAAAAAGCUCUUGGUGAAUAUUUGGAAAGAGAGAGAUCUUCUUUUCCACGUUUCUAUUUCGUUGGUGACGAGGAUCUUCUUGAGAUUAUUGGUAACAGUAAAAAUAUUCCUCGUCUUCAAAAACAUUUCCGUAAAAUGUUUGCCGGUGUAUCCUCUAUCAUUUUAGACGAAGAUUCUACUCAUGUUCUUGGUUUGAGCUCAAAAGAAGGUGAAGAGGUUAGAUUUGCAACUCCAGUUUCCAUCAAAGAUCAUCCCAAAAUCAAUGAAUGGCUUGCCCUUGUUGAGCAAGAAAUGAGAAUUACUUUAGGUAAAUUAUUAGCUCAAGCUGUCUCUGACAGUGCACCAUUCAAAACUGGCGAUAUUAAUGCUUCUGAGUACAUGGAAUGGCUUGACAAGUACCAAGCUCAAAUUAUUGUUUUAGCUGCCCAAAUUGGUUGGUCCGAGUAUGUUGAAAGUGCUCUUUCGCAAAUCAGUAGCGAAGAAACCAACGAUCUUAAACCUUUAGAAGAUGUGCUCAAAUCGGUUGAAAAAACAUUAACUGUUCUUGCCGACUCAGUUCUUCAGGAACAACCUGCACUUCGACGUAAAAAACUUGAACAUCUGAUCACUGAAUUUGUACACAAACGAGAUGUAACUCGAUCUCUGAUAAAAAGGAGAGUAAUGUCACCUAAAUCAUUCCAUUGGUUGAAUCAAAUGAGAUUCUACUUUGAUCCACGUCGCCCAAGUGUCCUUAAACAACUAUCUAUAGUUAUGGCAAAUGCUAAAUUUAAUUAUGGCUUUGAAUACUUAGGAGUCCAGGAUAAGCUUGUUCAAACUCCACUCACUGAUCGAUGUUAUCUUACCAUGACUCAGGCUUUAGAAGCUCGAUUGGGUGGAUCGCCAUUCGGACCAGCUGGUACGGGUAAAACCGAGUCAGUUAAAGCUCUCGGUAAUCAAUUGGGUCGAUUCGUACUUGUAUUCAAUUGUGAUGAAACAUUUGACUUUCAAGCAAUGGGACGUAUUUUUGUGGGUCUAUGUCAAGUUGGAGCUUGGGGAUGUUUCGAUGAAUUCAAUCGUCUCGAAGAACGAAUGUUAUCAGCAGUUUCUCAACAAAUCCAACAAAUCCAGGAAACAUUGAAAAGCAAUCAAAACCAAGAUCGAACGGAUCUAACAGUGGAAUUACUCGGAAAACAAGUGAGAAUUGUUUCCGAUAUGGCAAUUUUCAUCACUAUGAAUCCUGGAUAUGCUGGUCGAUCCAACUUACCUGACAAUUUGAAAAAACUCUUCCGAUCGUUAGCCAUGAAUAAACCUGAUCGUCAAUUGAUCGCCGAAGUCAUGCUCUUCUCUCAAGGUUUUCGAACAGCUGAAAAGCUGGCUAACAAAAUUGUGCCUUUCUUUAAAUUAUGUGAUGAACAAUUAUCUAACCAAUCUCAUUACGAUUUUGGCUUGCGUGCUUUGAAAAAUGUCCUCGUUUCGGCAGGUAACAUCAAACGUGAUCGUAUUGCCAAAAUCAAGGAAGACAUGAAAUCUCGGGGCGAUGCUGAUUUAAUAGAUGAAGCUCGUAUUGCAGAGCAGUUACCUGAACAAGAAAUUCUCAUCCAAUCUGUCUGUGAAACUAUGGUUCCUAAAUUGGUUGCUGAAGACAUUCCGCUACUUUUCUCUCUAUUAUCAGAUGUAUUCCCUGGUAUACCUUACACAAGAGCUGAAAUGACUCAACUUAAAGAUCACAUUGCGAAAGUUUGCCAAGAAAUGUAUCUUAUCUUUGGCAAUGAAAAGGGUGACUCGGCACAAGAAAAUGCUUGGAUUGAAAAGGUAUUACAACUUUAUCAAAUAUCUAAUCUUAACCAUGGUCUUAUGAUGGUCGGACCAAGUGGCUCAGGUAAAUCAACUGCCUGGCGAGUUUUGUUGAAAGCACUGGAACGUUACGAAGGAAUCGAAGGUGUUGCUCAUGUAAUUGAUCCUAAAGCUAUUUCAAAAGAAGCUUUAUAUGGAAACCUUGACUCCAAUACCAGAGAGUGGACCGAUGGUUUGUUUACCCAUAUAUUGAGAAAAAUCAUCGACAAUAUUCGUGGAGAAAUAAAUAAACGACAAUGGAUUAUAUUUGAUGGUGAUGUCGAUCCUGAAUGGGUUGAAAAUCUUAAUUCUGUUCUAGAUGACAACAAAUUGCUUACUCUACCAAACGGAGAACGUCUAAGUUUACCACCAAAUGUCCGUAUUAUGUUUGAAGUUCAAGAUCUUAAGUACGCAACACUUGCAACAGUAUCUCGUUGUGGUAUGAUCUGGUUCAGUGAAGAUGUACUUUCAACCGAAAUGAUUUGUGAAAACUUUUUCCUUCGAUUGGGCUCAGUUCCAUUGGAAGAAGCGGAAGAAGAAUCAACCUUGUAUGGUAAUAAAAAGAAGAGGGGCGAAGCUGGUUCUGAAUUAUCAACGUCCGACAUUUUAUCUCCCAAUAUGCAAGUCCAACGUGAUGCUGUCAAUAUUCUAAGACCUUACUUUUCAUCUGAUGGUUUAGUUAUCAGAGCUCUCGAAUACAGUUCUACUCAAGAACAUAUUAUGGACUUUACUCGUCUUCGAGCUCUUAACUCUCUCUUUUCCAUGCUCAAUGAAGUUGUUCGACGGGUACUUAAUUAUAAUCACAAUCAUCCUGAUUUCCCCAUGCCUCCAGAACAGUUAGAAAACUACAUCUCAAAGUCAUUGGUUUAUGCUAUACUUUGGUCAUUUGCUGGUGAUGCUAAACUCAAGGCUCGCUGUGAUUUAGGAGACUUCAUUCGCAAUGUUACCACCAUUCCUUUACCCCCAAAUACCGCUUCUCUGCCAAUCAUUGAUUAUGAAGUUUCAUUCAAUGGUGAAUGGACGCCUUGGCAAAAUAGAGUUCCUCAGAUUGAAGUUGAAACUCAUAAAGUGGCUGCACCAGAUGUUGUCGUUCCCACAUUGGAUACUGUUCGUCACGAGUCUCUGCUGAAAACAUGGUUAGCUGAACAUAAUCCAAUUGUUCUCUGUGGUCCUCCUGGUUCAGGUAAAACAAUGACCCUUUUCAGUGCUCUCCGUUCCCUCCCUGACAUGGAGGUUGUUGGUCUCAACUUUUCUAGUGCUACUUCACCGGAGCUAUUGUUAAAAACUUUCGACCAUUACUGUGAGUACCGAAAAACACCAAAUGGUAUUGUUCUUGCUCCAGUUCAAUUAGGAAAAUGGCUUAUCCUUUUCUGUGACGAAAUUAAUUUACCUGAUAUGGAUAAAUAUGGCACUAUGAGAGUUAUAUCAUUCCUUCGUCAAAUGGUAGGUCAUGGUGGUUUCUAUAGAACCACUGAUCAGGCAUGGAUUCGUUUAGAACGAAUACAGUUUGUCGGUGCCUGUAAUCCUCCCACCGAUCCCGGUCGUAAACCGCUUUCUCAUCGAUUCCUUCGUCAUGUACCUGUUGUGUACGUUGAUUAUCCCGGUGAAACUUCACUCAAACAAAUUUAUGGUACAUUCAAUCGUGCCAUGUUACGUGUUAUACCUUCACUACGAACCUAUGCUGACCCAUUAACCUCAGCUAUGGUUGAAUUUUAUCUCAUGUCACAAGAAAGAUUUACUCAAGAUAUGCAACCUCACUAUGUUUACUCACCUCGUGAACUUACUCGUUGGGUUCGCGGUAUCUAUGAAGCUAUUCGUCCAUUAGAGACUCUCGCAGUUGAAGGACUUGUUCGUCUUUGGGCCCACGAAGCUCUUCGUCUAUUUCAGGACCGUCUUGUGGGAGAAGAAGAGCGUGUUUGGACCGAUGAAAAUGUUGACAUGGUUGCUUUAAAACACUUUCCCAAUAUUGAUCGUCGCCAAGCUCUUGAUCGACCAAUCCUCUAUUCUAACUGGACAUCAAAAGAUUACAUUCCUGUUGAUCGGGAAGAGCUACGAGAAUUCAUCAAAGCACGUCUCAAAGUUUUCUACGAAGAAGAGUUGGAUGUUCAACUUGUACUUUUCAACGAAGUUUUAGACCAUGUUCUUCGUAUUGAUCGUAUAUUCCGACAACCUCAGGGUCAUGUGCUGUUAAUCGGUGUUAGUGGUGCUGGUAAAACAACACUUUCACGGUUUGUGGCUUGGAUGAACGGUCUCAGUAUCUUUCAAAUCAAAGUUCACAACAAAUAUACCGCUGCAGAUUUUGAUGAGGACUUGCGAUGUGUCUUACGUCGAUCAGGGUGCAAAGAUGAAAAGAUUGCUUUCAUUUUAGAUGAAUCUAAUGUCCUGGACUCAAGUUUCCUUGAACGAAUGAACACUCUUUUAGCUAAUGGUGAGGUUCCUGGUUUAUUUGAAGGAGAUGAGUUUACCACUUUAAUGACACAAUGUAAAGAAGCUUCUCAACGAGAAGGUCUCAUGCUGGACUCUAAUGAAGAGCUGUACCGAUGGUUUACUCAACAAGUUAUGAGAAAUUUGCAUGUUGUCUUCACCAUGAAUCCAUCAUCCGAAGGUCUUAAAGAUAAAUCCGCAACAUCACCUGCUCUUUUCAAUCGAUGUGUUAUUAAUUGGUUUGGUGAUUGGUCUGAUGAAGCUUUGUUUGAAGUUGGUAAAGAGUUUACUGCUAAAUUGGACAUUGAUAGACCAACAUACAGAGCUCCCGAAUACUUUCCAACGGCAUUCCCAGGAACACCUAUGCCACCAACCCACCGAGUUGCUAUUAUCAACGCUCUUGUUUAUUGUCAUCAAACCCUGCAUUUGGCUAAUAAGCGGCUACUCAAGAGAGGAAGUCGUAUUACAACCAUUACACCUCGACAUUAUUUGGAUUUCAUUAACCAUUAUGUUAAAUUAUUCCACGAAAAAUGCUCUGAACUUGAAGAAGAGCAGUUACAUCUCAACGUUGGUCUAGCAAAAAUAAAUGAGACCGUUGAGCAAGUUGAAGAACUCCAAAAGUCUCUUGCUCUUAAAACAACUGAACUCGAAGCUAAGAACCAAGCAGCCAAUACCAAAUUGAAAGAAAUGUUGAAAGACCAACAAGAAGCUGAAAAGCGUAAACUUCAAUCACAAGAUAUUCAAGCUCAACUCAAGAAACAAGAAGCGGCUAUCCAAGAGAAACGAUCUAGUGUUAUGGCCGAUCUGUCACAAGUCGAACCUGCUGUAGAAGAAGCUCAACAGGCUGUCAAGGGUAUUAAAAGGCAGCAUUUAGUUGAAGUCAGAUCAAUGAGCAAUCCUCCAAUUCUCGUAAAAAUGGCACUGGAAUCAAUUUGUUUGCUUCUCAAUGAAACAGUUCUUGAUUGGAAGGCCAUAAGAACUGUUAUAAUUCGUGAUAAUUUUAUUCCUACAAUCCUCAAAUUCAAUACUGAAGCUAUAUCAAAUGACAUUCGACAAAAAAUGCGAACUAAAUAUUUGGAUAAUCCUGAUUACAAUUUUGAAAAAGUCAACCGUGCUAGUCUUGCUUGUGGUCCUUUAGUUAAAUGGGCCAUAGCUCAACUCAACUAUUCCUCCAUGUUGAAGCGAAUCGAACCUUUAAGAAACGAACUGACCAGUUUACAAUCAGAAGCAGAAAGUAAUAAGAAAAAGGCUGCAGAUAUCGAUGCGGUUAUUGCAAGUUUAGAAAAGUCCAUUGCUUCAUAUAAAGAAGAAUAUGCCAACCUCGUUAGUCAAGCACAAGCCAUUAAAGCUGAUUUAGCUGCAGUCCAAGCCAAAGUUGAUCGAAGUAUUGCACUUAUAUCAAGUCUUAGCUCUGAAAAGGAUAGAUGGAAAGUUUCGAGUGAUACAUUUAAACAUCAAAUGCAAACUAUUGCCGGUGAUGUACUACUUUCGGCUGCUUUCCUUGCUUAUGCUGGUUAUUUUGAUCAACAAUAUCGUCAAAAUCUUUUCAACUCUUGGUGUACACAUUUGCAACAAGCGGGAAUCCUCUUCCGAACUGAUCUUGCUCGAACUGAGUAUCUUUCAACUGCUGAUGAGAGGUUAAGAUGGCAAGCAAAUUGUUUGCCAAGUGAUGAUCUUUGUGUUGAAAAUGCAAUUAUGUUGAAACGAUUCAAUCGUUAUCCUCUCAUCAUCGAUCCAUCUGGCCAAGCAACGAAAUUCCUUCUCAAUGAGUUUGCUAACAAAAAGAUCACCAAAACCAGUUUCUUGGACGACUCUUUCCGUAAGAACCUUGAAAGUGCUCUUCGUUUCGGUAAUCCAUUACUGGUCCAAGAUGUUGAAAAUUAUGAUCCCAUCCUAAAUCCAGUCUUGAAUCGUGAAGUACGCAAAACUGGUGGCAGAGUUUUGAUUACACUUGGUGAUCAAGAUAUUGAUUUAUCGCCUUCCUUCUCGAUAUUUUUAUCAACUCGAGAUCCCACCGUUGAAUUUUCACCCGACCUUUGUUCUAGGGUAACAUUUGUCAACUUUACUGUUACUCGUAGUAGUUUACAAAGUCAAUGUCUUAACCAAGUUCUUAAGGCUGAGAGACCUGAUAUCGACGAGAAACGUUCCGAUCUGCUUAAAUUGCAAGGAGAAUUCCAUGUUAAAUUGCGGCAACUCGAAAAAUCUCUUUUACAAGCUUUGAAUGAUGCUAAGGGUCGAAUCCUUGAUGAUGAUAAUGUGAUAUCUACUUUGGAGAAAUUGAAAAACGAAGCAGCUGAAAUAUUCCGUAAAGUGGAAGAAACUGAUAAGGUUAUGGCUGAAGUUGAUGCCGUUUCGCAGCAAUAUAUGCCUCUUUCUCAUGCUUGCAGUUCAAUCUACUUCACUCUGGAAGGUCUCAACCACGUUCACUUCCUUUAUCAAUACUCUUUACAAUUCUUCCUAGACAUUUAUAGUGAUGUUUUACUUCGCAAUCAACAUCUCGAAGGAAUUAAUGAACCAAAUGAGCGUCUAUCUAUUGUGACCAAAGAUUUAUUUGAGAACGUUUAUCGACGAGUUACUAGAGGAAUGUUACAUGAUGACUGGAUCGUCUUUGCGCUUCUUCUUUGCAAGAUUCAUCUUCGUGGCUUCUCUGCUGAACCAAACUUUGAAAAUGAAUUUGAUCAUUUCCUGCGUGGAAAAGAAGGAAUUUUACCUGGACAUCCGACUAUUUCAUCUGCGUUACUCAAUACUGAUCAACUUGAAAAUGGAACCGCAUUAUCAAAACUUCCAGCUUUCAGAAACAUUCAGCAAAAAAUUGACUCAUGUUCAAAUUUGAAAGACUGGCUGGAUUCUACAGCAGCUGAAGAGAAUGUUCCCCAAUUAUGGGAUGAUGAGAAACUUUUAACAUCUGUUGGUAUUGCUAUGCACCAAUUAUUAAUUACCAAAGCUUUUCGACCUGAUCGUGUCAUUUCUACGGCUCGCAAAGUUGUUGAAACUGUCUUAGGCUCUGCUUUCUUACAAGCAGCGGAAACUGAACUUGACAUGACAAGUAUUGUCCAAAAAGAGAUUAAACCUACCAAUCCUAUUCUUAUGUGUUAUGUUCCCGGUUACGACGCUUCUGGUCGUGUUGAAGAUCUUUCCGCUGAACUUGGUAUCAAGCCAGCCUCUAUUGCAUUAGGAUCAGCUGAAGGUUUUAGCCGUGCUGAAAAAGCAAUCAAUUCUGCUUCCAAAAAUGGUGGCUGGGUAAUAUUGAAAAACGUCCAUCUUGCCCCACAAUGGCUUGUACAAUUAGAGAAAAAGUUACACACUUUAAUGGCUCAUCCUGGUUUCAGAUUGUUUUUAACUUUUGAAAUAAAUCCAAAAGUUCCAGUCAACUUACUCCGCGCUGGUCGCAUAUUUGUUUUUGAACCACCACCAGGAAUAAAGGCUAAUCUGCUCAGAACAUUCAACACUAUCCCAGCUGAACGAAUGACUAGGUUACCUGCAGAAAGAUCACGACUUUACUUCUUAUUGUCUUGGUUCCAUGCCAUUGUUCAAGAGAGAUUACGAUAUUGUCCUUUGGGUUGGUCCAAAAAAUAUGAAUUUAAUGAAUCUGAUCUCCGUGUUGCUAGCGACACAUUAGACACUUGGAUCGAUUCAGUUGCACUGAACAGAACUAAUUUACCACCAGAAAAAGUUCCUUGGGAUGCUAUUCGAACUCUAUUCGGCCAAUGUAUCUAUGGAGGAAAAAUUGACAAUGAUUUUGAUCAGCGUCUUUUAACAUCUUUCCUCAAUAAACUAUUCACCUUUAAAAGCUUCGAGCCUGAUUUUGGUCUUACAUCUGCCCAGAUCAGUCCUGAUGGAACCAAAUCUGUGAUAAACAUGCCUGAAGGUAUUGGUCGAGAACACUUCCUCGAGUGGGUUGAAAAUCUUCCUGAUAAACAAACCCCUUCAUGGCUUGGAUUGCCAGAUAAUGCUGAAAAGGUUUUGUUAACUAACCAAGGAACCAAUGUUGUUUCCAAACUUCUUAAGCUUCAAUUGAUUGAGGAUGAUGAAGAUGUGGUUUAUGUUAGUGAAAAUGAACCUAGUGAUGGCCCGAAAAGAGUCAAACAACCUUCCGGUGAUGGAAGACCCGCUUGGAUGCGAACUCUUCUUAACUCCGCAACUAAUUGGUUGCGUUUGCUUCCAAAUUCAUUACAAACUCUUCAUAGAACCGUUGAAAACAUCAAAGAUCCUCUCUAUCGUUACUUUGAACGUGAAGUUAACAGUGCUUCUCGUCUUUUAGAUAUUGUUCGUAAUGAUUUGGCCGAUGUUAUACUCAUUUGUAAAGCAGCCAAAAAACAAACUAACCAUCACAGAAUAAUGUUAAGUGAUUUGGCUAUGGGAGUGAUUCCGAAACAUUGGAGGAAAUACACAGUUCCUCAUGAUACAACAGUUAUUCAAUGGGUUGCUGAUUUUAGUGAUAGAGUUAAACAAUUGCAAAAGGUUUCUGACCGAUGUACUUCUGGUGGAGCUUCUGUGUUAAAGGGAAUCCAUGUUUGGCUUGGUGGUCUAUUCAAUCCUGAAGCUUAUAUCACCGCAACUAGACAAUAUGUUGCUCAAGCCAAUAACUGGUCUUUAGAAGAGUUGGAUCUUGAAGUUGAGAUCGCUGAUUCAGACAAUCAAAAUAUACAAAUGGAUGAAUGUAGUUUUGCUGUUACUGGUUUGAAAUUACAAGGAGCUAAAACGAUUGCAAAUAAAUUGUAUUUAACUUCUGUAAUAAUGACAGAUUCACCAAUAACCCGUCUUAGAUGGAGAAGAGCUGAUAAAGCUGGUGGUACCAAAGGAUGUAGAGUCACUUUACCUGUAUAUCUUAAUUUGAAUAGGUCUGCAAUUCUGUUCACCGUUGAUCUGGAAGCUGGACCGAAUCACGAUGAAUUUUCUUUCUAUGAAAGAGGAGUUGCCUUUAUCAGCUCUUCCCUUGGUUGAUAUUGUGAUUAAAACUCUGUCUUAUCUCUUUCUUCACCUUCUCUUUUCAUCUUCAUCGUCUUCAAUUUUUCUUCUCUUUCCAAAGGAGGAAGAAAAGCCAUUUUAGGAAAUAAAAUGCAAAGCAAAUGUUUCUUGUUUUUGUAAAGUUCACUAAGACUUUCAUUUUUCACACUUUUACCAUUUUUCACCUAUUCUUGGUCUCUAACUUUUCCGUAAUUUAACCCUUUCUCUUCCUUUAUUUAUAAAUCAAAAAAACCUAAAUGCAAAAAGAUGAAAACUCUAGAUUAUAAAGGCUUUUAUUUUUGCCAAUAAUAUUUGAAAUAACAAAUUGAAAUAAAUCAAAUCCUGUAUAAGUUAAUCAAUCUAAAAAUUGGUUAAAUCAUGGACUCAAUAAUUUUGGUUGCAAUUAUAAAAAAAUCACUUUGAUAAUUUUAUCGAAA